AUAUUCCACAAGUUUCUGCAAAAACAGCCAACGAAUGGCGCCAACGCACAAUCUAUCAAUUGCUAACUGAUAGAUUUGCGCAACCUUCAAACGCUAAAAAUCAGACAUUGUGCGAAUCGAAUAGAGUCGAGUAUGAAAUUAGACGGUAUUGCGGUGGAACUUUUAAAGGAAUUGUCGAAAAUUUAGAUUAUAUCCAAAAUUUGGGAUUUGAUGCUAUUUGGAUUAGUCCCGUGGUGAAACAGUUCGAAGAAGAAACGCAAUAUGGUCUCGGGUGGCAUGGAUACUGGGCUCAAGAUAUAUAUUCAAUUAAUCCACAUUUCGGCACCGAACAAGAUCUAAAAAAUUUAGUCGAAGAAGCACACAAGAAAGGAAUUUGGGUUAUGGUGGAUGUCGUUGCAAAUCAUAUGGGCCCACAACGUAAUAAAACACCAAGAACAGACGAAUACGUAAAAAGUUAUACGCCAUUUAACGAUACUAGUAAUUAUCAUUAUUAUUGUAAUAUAAACAAUUGGAAUGAUCAACACGAAGUGGAAUAUUGCAGUAUAGGUGGCGCAGAUCUUCCUUUACCAGAUCUUGACACAGAAAACCCACAAACUGCAUCCCUUCUCAUCAACUGGAUUUCUUCGCUAAUUAAAACUUACAAUUUCGACGGAAUUAGAAUUGACACAGUAAAACACGUGCGAAAAGAUUUCUGGGCUAAUUACACAAAAUCGGCGGGAGUUUUUUCCAUUGGCGAAGUUUUUGAUGGGAAUUAUGGUUAUGUUGCUGAUUAUCAAAAUGAUAUAGAUGCAUUGCUUAGUUAUCCGUUGUAUUAUACAUUGAACAGUGUGUAUGCGGACGGUAAUUCAAUGUAUGGAAUCCGUGACGCAUUGAACCAAAAUAGACAGAGUUUUAAAGAUACGACUGUUUUGGGUAAUUUCUUGGAUGGGCAUGACGUUCCGCGUUUUCUCUCGAAAAAAGCAGACCAAUCCAUCCUACGAAAUGCACUCACAUUUAUCUUAUUAGCUGACGGAAUUCCAAUCGUUUACCAAGGAACAGAACAAAAUUUCAACGGCAACCCAACAGUCAGCAACGGUGGCAACGAUCCAUGGAAUCGUGAAGCACUCUGGUCAUCAAAAUACUCUCAAUCUGCACCAACUUACCAAUUCAUCUCGAGAGUUCUCAUUUUCCGAAAACUGCUUCCUUCGAAUUUUUUUUCCGAAUUGAGCGUUGAAGCAUGGGUUGACGACAAAGUUUACAUGUUUUUCAAAGGUCAUGUAAUGGUCGUCACGAGCAACUACGGUGAAAAUAGUGGGAUUUCUCGCAAUAUCACUGUACAAGGAAACGGAAGAUGGAGUUCUGGAACGGAUAUGAUUAAUAUUCUGAGGUGUGAAGAAGUGGUCAAAAUUGAUGGGAAUGGUAAUUUGCUUAUAAAACUGGAUCAGGAACCUAAAAUCCUAUAUCCAACGAAAGAACUGAGUGGUAGUGGACUUUGUAAAUUAUGA